GCAAAAACAAAAAUGUCCUGUCCCUGUGCAAAUGAUAUAAAGACGGAAAAUGCUCGCGCAGAGAAGCAAGGCAGCGCCAUGCUGCUGGAGCCGAACUCUUCUGAGUGUUCCGUGGCGGCUUUGACAUCAGCCUCACCUUCAGAUGCGGUCAGAGCGGAACUUCUACACCGCAGCUCCCCGCUGGCCUUUUCCCCCGAGCAGGUGUCUUGUGUGUGUGAGGCUCUUCAGCAGGGCGGCAACGUGGAAGGCUUGGCCAGAUUUCUGUGUUCCUUGCCACAAAGCGACUCGCUGCGGGACAACGAAAGCUUCCGAAAAGCACAGGCAAUUGUAGCUUUCCACCAGGCUCGGUACCAGGAGCUGUACUAUAUUCUAGAGACUCAUAGCUUCAGCCCGUCCAAUCACUCUUCCCUGCAGGAUAUAUGGUACAAGGCACGGUAUACGGAGGCGGAGAGGGCUCGAGGGAGACCCCUCGGUGCCGUGGAUAAAUAUCGCCUCCGCAGAAAAUACCCUCUUCCCCGAACUAUUUGGGAUGGAGAAGAAACUGUGUACUGCUUUAAAGAGAAGUCGCGGGAUGCGCUGAAGGCGUCGUACAGGCGCAACAAGUACCCUUCUCCUGGGGAGAAGAGAAAUCUCGCCAGAAUCACGGGACUGUCGUUAACUCAGGUCAGCAACUGGUUUAAAAACAAGAGACAGAGGGAUAAAAACACACCAGAAGCCAAGUCAAAGAGUGAAUCAGAUGGAAGUGCCAGCUCAGAGGAAGAAUGCAGUAAAGGCUUGCGGCCCCUCUCCAUUUGCUCAAACAGGGUAGGGGCCCAAGGAACUGUCCCCCUGGGAGACCGCCCACACAGCGGUCCACUCCUCCAGCAGCCCGGGGCCAUCAGGAGUUUCUGCUGCCCAGAGGGAGGGGCUGUCCUUAGUGGCAGUGUCAGUGUCCAACCUCACGGCAGCACCCUCCACAGUGGGCACCCUCUGGGAGCCCAGCACCUUCCAUUCAGCCCUCUGCACUUGUCUUCUUGGGGAACAGAGGGUGGCUCCAAUGACAGUGCAACACAGCACCCUGGCCCAGCCUCGAACCUUCCUGCAGCCGCACCCCAGCCCACAUUCCCCCUCCAAAUGGUGAAGCUGGAGGGUGCUCAGGAUCGUGUGUCCUGGGAGAGGGUACACCCAAAAAUCAACUUCACAGCCGCCUCUGGACCCCUGCCACUGGGUGGCUACAGCUCAGCCUAUGCCUCCUCCACACUCAUGCAGCUGUCUCCCACUUCCACAGCACCCUCUCAUGGUAUGGUGGCAACACUGCCCUGA